AUGGCCAGGUACGCGAGACUGGACAACGUUACACUACGAAUCGCUGCAACAUACGUUCCACCGGUGUCAAUGCCUGUCGUUGAUGCAAACGGAACUGUUGUUCUGAAAGGUUUUGCUGGUUACAUGUUGGCUUUGCUUCAAAGUGGUCUUGGUUUCAAGGAAUUUGUGAAGUCCCGAGCCAGCCCGGAUGAGAAGCAGGCAAGAGUGCUAGCCGAUAGAAUAUGGGUUGGAGUCGUCGUGAGCAUCUUAUUGACCAGCGCAAUGUUCACUCUACUCAGUAAGAAGAAAGAAGAUCCCGUAAAAAAUUACGUGGAUUACCUAUUCUAUCUAAGCGCUAUGUUCUUCUGGGAAGCAGACACAGUGUCUUCUGCACGCCGUAGGAGUAACAGGGUCCUGCUGGGAACUUGGUGGAUGGCAGUCAUGUUUUUGGGCUUGGCUUUCACGAGCUUUAUGAAGACCAGCAUGACAGUGAAGAUGGAAACUGCUAAGAUGGAGAGUAUAGAGGACUUGGCGAGAAACCCUAACAUCCUGCCCGUCGUCAGCAAAGGAUUCGCACAUGGCCUUCUCAUCAAGAAUAACAAGAGACCCGAAUACCAGACGGUGUGGAACAGAAUAGUGAAGUUCGGAGGCAUGCUUGAUCCAACGGAUACGUUCGUACGGAAGGUCAUGGAGGACGUACUGGACGGCAAGAAAGCCAUUUUUUCCACCCAGAUCAUGUUCGUCUAUUGGAUUCAGAGGCUGUAUCAGGACGAGCCUCCACAAGGAGAGUUCUACUUCGGA